GUCCACAUAAGUUUACGGCAAUGCACAGAAAAAUGAAUCAAAAAAAUCAGAAAUUUCCUGCGCUUCUCCUUUCUCUCCUGAAAUCACCAAUAUAUAUAGGCUUGUGUGUCUACGUUUAUACAUCAAAAACAGAUUCAUCAAAUCCGACUAGAGGGGAAGCCCGCCACCGUCGUCAUCCGUGAGGUAUGGCCGUCGCUGCACAGCCGUCGCUCCGCCUCCACCAAAAUUAUGCUUUCUUCCGCACGAAUCAAAGCUUUCAUCGUAAUUCCCAGCUCCACCACCCUUCCCCCCGCUCCUCUCCUGCGAGAAUUCGAGCAAGCUCUGCUGUUGCUCUGGAGCCCGAAUCAACCACCGAAGUCCGAGAUACUUCAAAUGUUGACUUGUUUGCUUGUCCAAUUUGUUAUGAGCCAUUGAUACGAAAAGGCCCUUCAGGAUUCAACUUGCCAGCAAUUUAUAGGUCUGCUUUCAAGUGUAGGACGUGCAAAAAGUCAUACUCGAGUAAAAACAUGUAUCUUGAUCUUACUGUUACUUCUGGAACAAAGGAGUACAAUGAGUUCCAACCAGCUGGGACUGAGCUAUUCAGGAGUCCACUUGUUUCAUUUGUGUAUGAGAGAGGCUGGCGCCAAAACUUUAACCGUAGUGGUUUCCCUGGUCCUGAUCAAGAGUUCAGUAUGGCUCAGGAGUACUUUAAACCAGCUGAAGGUGGAGUACUUGUAGAUGUGAGUUGUGGCAGUGGUUUGUUUUCCAGAAAAUUUGCCAAAUCCGGGGCUUAUUCAAGAGUUGUCGCGCUUGAUUUUUCUGAAAAUAUGCUUCGUCAAUGUUUUGAUUUCAUAAAAAAUGAUGAUACUAUCUUAAGCUCGGAUCUUGCCCUUGUGAGAGCUGAUGUUUCGAGGCUUCCCUUUUCAUCUGGUUCAGUUGAUGCUGUUCAUGCUGGUGCAGCCUUACAUUGCUGGCCAUCUCCUUCAAAUGCUAUUGCUGAGAUAAAUCGGAUAAUGCGAAGUGGUGGUAUUUUCGUUGGAAGCACUUUCCUUCGAGUCACUUCAUCAACUCCUACUUUCUUAAGGCCUUUCAGUUUAAGACAGAGAAUCACAAGGAAUUAUAACUAUCUGACAGAAGAGGAGAUUGAGGACCUAUGCAUGUCGUGUGGGCUCAUUAAUUACACCAAGAAAGUUGAGCAGUCUUUUAUCAUGUUUUCUGCUCAGAAACCUUGAUUUCUUGCCUUCCUACUUUGCUUCCCAUACGCAUAUGUAUGUAUACUGUAUAUGGAUCCACCCAAAUCUACCCAACGUUGUUGUAACUAUGAUAAUUUUGUUUUCCUAGGAGGUAAUAAAGUUGUUGGCUUAUUGCCUUC